UGUUUAUCCCUUGCUAGGUAAUAAACUGGGUGAAGAUAUAAUGGCUUACAAGACUACUUCUUUCAGGACUUCUUUUACUGUAUUCAAAUGCAAAUUGGUAUCAUUCGUAUCCGACGUAAGAUGCCAUUCUUUUCCUGGUUUACAGCGUGGUUCCCUUUGUCCUCUUACAACAGGUCUGUGAACCAUGCUGAUCCACAGGUAUCAAAUGAGACUUAGUGCAGGUACGACAGGUUUGACUUUGAUGGAAAAGAACUGAUAACUUUUUUUCCGUAUUAAAGCAUUGUUUGAGACGAACACGAGGAAUGUGAACUGGGUUGAAUUUACAAGGAAGAGAUAACGCUGAAUUCGUUGAUAAUUCUAGUAUUUUGUCCCAUUUACACACGGUAGACUUAAAAUAAUGUGUCAAGCGAGUAACUACAUGUACAUUUCUUCCCAAAUGUACCCAAAUGUAAAACAAAGGCGCUGAGAUCACUCGUGCACCGAUUCGGCCGUUUUAAUUUCAGUUGUACUGCGUGUGAAAAUGUCGGGCGUUCAAUGAAUUCAACGUACUUAUGAUCAGCGGGCUCAACCCCCAUGAUACAUUAUCAAACGAUAUGAGGAAGUUAAAAUUCUUAUCACAAUUUUCUUUUAUUGCUUGGACAAUUAUUUUUUUCUUUCAUUUUUAUAUAUAUUGACUAAUUUACUAAUAAAAUGUGCCUUUUUAACUAACUAGAAUAUUUUAAAAAAUGAAAUAACCAUCCAAAAAACAAAAGCAACCCAUUUACAAAAAUCAAUAAAAGGUGAGUAGACUUUUAUUUAGAGGGAGUUAUUAUAUAUAUAUUGAUAAUAUUUUGAUAAAUAUGAGAGAUAAAUACAUCCGAGGUCUAUCUAGAUGCAUCCCAACAACGGUCACAUCAGUUCAUGUGGUUCCAGUCAUCACCGCGUGUAUAUACCUGAUAACAAUUGGCUUUGUUUGCACAGUCUUUGUCCUGGGCUCGUGCUGAAUCAUCACCUGCACUGCUACACUUUUCACAUCAUACGACAGUGACUCCUUUGGAUGAUAGUAUAUAAAACAAGAAAUACGAUACUUCACAGGAGAGCAACUCAGUAAAAUACACACGUAACAACAGCUUCACGGAUUAAACAGUAAAUUAGACGAACUCACAUGAAAUGACAGAUGCAUCAUGACGUGAAAGGACCACUUUUCAACUGUGACGUCAUAAAAAAGUCAAUAUAACCUAGGCAAACGUCACUAACGAUAUGGCACGACCUAUUAAUAAAAACUGAAUAUCAAAGGACAGAAUUUCGAUAUAUAGUGUUGACGGAUAAAACUAUCAAAUGUGAUAUAACAGUAGAAAAAUUAAAGGAAAUUUAGGAAAUCACUAAAUUCUAUACAAAACGAACAAAACAAAGUCCUAAAAUAGACACUUUAUGAGACAUGGUUUUCAUUGACGACGACUAUAAUAUCAUUACGCCAGCUAUUUAUCUUAUUUCAAUAGUAACAUGCAUAUUUUCACUGCUUGGCUGUUUUGUCAUUUUUGCCACUUUUUUCUUGUUCAAAGAAACUCGUUCUUCUUCUCGGCAGCUCCUGCUUUACCUGUCAAUUGCCGAUUUCUUAGUGUGCAUAAGUAACGCGACGGGUGCAUCUUGGGCGAUGUAUAUGACGUCACGACCGAACAUUUCUAACGUAAACGUGACAUCUGAAUGCGAAAAACCUAGCCCAGUUUGCGUAGCUCAGAGUUUUAUAGGGACCACUGGGUUAAUUUCGUCCUUCAUCUGGACGAUAAUCAUAGCCUGGGAAGUCAGAGAAUCACUUCUGAAAAAUUCGCCAAGCUGGAUGGAUAGGUUUCAAUGGAUAUUGCACGUCAUCGCAUGGGGUGUUCCACGUAAGUGUUUAGUUUUUAAAAUUGUUACAUUGUCCUUCAAUCCAAGGAAGACUUUCUGUGAUCUACUGGUAUCCAUGAGUAACUACAAGUAUCUACACAGAAAAAAGACCUGUGGGUGAGAUUAAAGUGAGAAAACCGAUGUUAACUUUUAUUUGAGCGUGUUAUAAGUGGUUAAAUAUUGUGUUAAAACCAAAAACAGUUCGAAAGCUCUUAAGCAACCAUAUAAAAUACAGCUGAUCUACAUAUAUUUAUUCAUUCAUACAAUGCACAUGUAUGUUAUGCAGCAUUUUCAAUAUCAGAUAUCAUUAAGAGAUUAAACAGAAUUCGAAAUGUAUGCAAAUGUUAAUUAAUUUAGUUAUAUAUUCAUAAAUAUUUCAAUUAUAAAAUCAUUGAUUGCCGUUCUGCAGUCACCGUGACCGCCAUAAUAGCCCGAUACCAGCGCCUCGGUUUCAUCUACUCCCCAGACCGCAGUAUAGGGGGCACUGCAUUCACCGCAGGAUGGUGCUGGAUUAAGAUCUGCCAGGCAGACUUCGACCGACAUGACCUAGGUUUGUGAUCUUCAAUGACGUAGCCUACUAUUUGUGGUCUCUGAAGGGAGUUCAUUUAUUUUUAAAGAAUUAGCCCUUUGAACCAGGGGUGAGGGGAGGACUUACGUAGGCCUACACAUCGACAAGUUAAUAAAGUUUAAAUGGCAUAUGGCUUUCAGGUUUAAUGGUGGGACUACCUCUGGCAGCGGGUAAGGUUUGGGAAAUCUUCGUCUACUUCACCGUGCCGGUAAUUUACACUGCGCUUCGCUGGAAUCUGAAAUCCACGAUCCGCCAAACAGAAUCUAUGUACGUGGACCGAGCUACUCAAGACGCCGUGAGUCGGGCUGACCGCGUCAUGAAAGCCAUUCCUAUCAUUUUUAUAUUCUUACGCAUUUGGGGGACCAUACGAUUUGUGGCUAACAGCUGCUAUUGGGCAGCGUAUGGGGUAGUGGAGAAUCCUACAUUCCACACUGUCGUCAACGUGGUAUUAGCAGUAUUUCAGGCAUUCGGCGACAAUGGACAGGGCAUUGGCAACUGCCUCAUUUAUUGCUUCCUCACCGAUUCAGUGCGCGUCCGGAUAUGUGCCGUCUGUGGCCUCCGCCCCGAGACCGACGACUUCGACUCCAUCAGAGACUCGUUAAGCGCGGCCAUCUUAGAUCACACAGAGCCGAGCAGUGGUGUUGAGAUAGCUCGAGGAUCGAGCCACAGUCGCAGGUCCACACCUCUCAGUUCGAAAGGUUCCACCUUCGCUAAAAAUACGCCCGAGGAUAUUUUCAUAGUAGGAACGCCGACUAGUUUAAACGCAGACACCUGAAAAACGAUUGAUUUGAACGCUCUAUAAACGACAGACAGAUCCACACUAUGUCAAAUAAUGGUAUUAGAACACAGGCGUCUAAGCAUAGACGCCUUAAAAUAACAUAUGCAUCUUGUAAGCUGAAAAUAUUAUUAAUUCUCAAAUAUGAAAAAAAAUAUUAACAAAAAUAACAUGUUUAUGAAGCAGCUUGGUACAUUUGCCAUGCUACGUUUACCGGAUAAACGACCUUAAAAAGAUAACAACAUUUACUGCUGUUGCAAGAAACCAGCUUUUUCAUAAUCUCUUUCGUGUGUGUGUGUGUGUGUGUAUGUGUGUGUGUGUGUGUACGGGGUUCUAUAGCUGUGAAUACCAAAAAAUGGUGGAGCUUUUUUAAUUUGUGCCGGUAUCUAGAAUUGUCAUGACCUUCUUAUUUUUGCCCACGUGAUGUUUUUAUCUAGCUUGACUUUUUCAAUCCAUGUAAUACUAGUUGA